GUCAAACCUGCAACUCGGAAGGCUGGCAUCCGAGGAUUCAGGAAUACACAAUUAUUCACGUUCCACAUUAUUCAGAAACCUACAACCACACACACAUCCAGGACCUGAGAAGGGAGGUUAUGCUCAUAGCCCAUUGACUCACAGAACCAAGCGGACUCAGGGGGGAGAAGACGCAUCACUGCCACCAUGGCUCUGAAGUGGGAUUCGAACCCCUAACCCCGACAGGGUUAAUGCCUUGCGCAUAUCACUGGAGCUAAACAGGGUCAGAGAUAUGAAAAAAGGUGUUAAAGAUGUACAUCAAGUAAUUUGCCAGUUAAACGUAUUUUUUUGUAUUUGAAUGAAGUGCUGUGUGCAUUCCUAAAAGAAAAAAACGUAGCAGCUGUUGCCAUGUCGUAAAUUAAUUUCGGGGUUGGCUACCCAAGAUGCUAGCGACUCAAGUGUAAACGGAAGUGUUUGUGGCUCAGGAAGAAACGUGGCAAACAUUCACCAUGGCCUCACAAAUGCACAUUAAGAUCGGAAUAAUCGGUGGAUCGGGUCUUGAUGACCCAGAUAUCCUGGAAGGGAGGACUGAGCGAUAUGUCGACACGCCAUAUGGAAAGCCUUCAGAUGCGCUGAUAGUGGGGAAGAUAAAGAAUGUUGAAUGUGUGCUUCUAGCAAGGCACGGCAGACAGCACACCAUCAUGCCGUCCAACGUCAACAACCAGGCCAACAUCUGGGCCCUGAGAGAGGAGGGCUGCACUCAUCUGCUGGUCACCACGGCCUGUGGCUCCCUCCGGGAGGAGAUACAGCCAGGGGACAUAGUCAUCAUCGACCAGUUCAUUGACAGGACUACGAAGAGGGCCCAGACCUUCUAUGACGGGCAGCCCGGCCACCCUCCUGGGGUAUGCCACAUCCCCAUGGCAGAGCCCUUCUGCAACAGGACCAGAGACGUGCUGGUGGAGGUGGCAAGGAGCCUGGGCAUCAAGUGCCACGCCCGGGGCACCGUGCUGACCAUCGAAGGUCCCCGCUUCUCCUCGCGUGCCGAGAGCCUCAUGUUCCGCCAGUGGGGCGCCGACGUCAUCAACAUGUCCACCGUGCCCGAGGUGGUGCUGGCGAAGGAGGCGGGGCUAUGCUACGCCAGCAUCGCCAUGGCAACCGACUACGACUGCUGGAAGGAGCACGAGGAGGCGGUAUGUGUUGACAACGUACUGAAGACCAUGAAGGAAAACGCAAAUAAAGCAAGCAGCAUCCUGCUCACAGUGAUUCCCCAGAUCUGCCAAAUGGAUUGGUCACAGACCAUAAAAAGCCUGAAAACACUGGCCCAGUGUUCCGUGAUGUUACCCAAGCACUGAGUAAUGCGACCUCCGCUACACCCACUCACACACACACCACCAGUUUGUCACCCCCGCCACCGCCAGCUCUAGCCUUCAAAUGCCUCCGCCUGGAUUUGGAUCAGCGGUCAAUCAC